CAUUUUAAGCUCAGCACAAAGCGGCCUAAACUUAAUGCAAACAACAGAAUUAGUUGAUUGUGUGAAGAGCAAUUCCCUGUGGCUAUCUAUGUACGAAUGUAUUUUUUUCUGCUGCUUGCGCUUGCGCAUUUAGUCUGUUUCCACAUGUUAUUUUUUUACGCACGUGGGUUUGGGAGAAGCUAGUGUUGGUCGAUCAACAAGAAAUCAAAAAAAAAAUUACGAAUUACCAAUAAAAUCGUGAGAUGACUUGAAUGAGUCGUCAUAAACUUGCAAAAAGCUUCAACGACCCUCUAAAAGUGAUUCAACCCAAAAUGGAAUGUAAUAAUAGCUCGAUUUCCGCGUCCUAACGUCAGAAAGACGUGACCUAACCUUAAAAAAACAACAACAAUUCAGUAACCUAACCUCAAAUCAUUCUCCGUAAAACUGUAAACUAGAGGUAUUCGUGAUAAAUAAUAGAAAUGAAAGAGACCAGAGAAGUUUUAUUAACCUCAGACACGUCUGGGGAAUCCUGGAGUGCCGCAAUGUGGGAUCCUUUGACAGGAUCUAUGCUAUCGCAGUUCAGAAAUGCCUCACCUCUGGCCUCGAACGCUAUGCAACUCCUGAACGUCAGCUACCUUCUCGCAGCUGAUGCCACAAAGCCCAGGAUCCAUAUCUGGCCUGUGAAUUCUCAGGUUCCCCUCUCCAAUCUUCGAUUGACAACACCAGGUAAGGUCUCCGCCAUGUCCUGCACGUCCUGUGGUACGUACAUAGCAGCUUCAGUCGAUGAAAAGGUUUUCAUCUGGCAGACGUCAACGGGGAGGCUCCUGAGAACUCUUGCUCGUCAUUACCAGACAGUCACCUGCCUCAAAUUCUCGCUGGAUAGCUCACAUCUGGCCAGCGGAGGACAGGACGGUCUCGUCUUUGUUUAUUCAGUGGCAAGGGUUAUCAAUAAUUACAAGGAAGCUAAUCCUCUGCAUGGAUUCUCUGAUCACACUCUCGCUGUCAAGGGCAUUUAUUUUGGGGCCUUUGGAGCUAGGUGUAGAGUUGUCACGGUGUCAUUGGAUCGAACUGCGAGGAUUUAUGACGCCAAUUCUGGGGUGCAACUGCUGACUUUGGUCUUCGACGUACCUCUGACGUCAGUCUGUCUAGACAAACGAGAAUGCAACAUGUUCGUGGGCUGCACCAAUGGACACAUCAGACAAUUUGACUUGAGGAAUCCACCGCGAGGACAAGAACAUCAUGUCCCAGGCGAUAAAGAGGAAAAAGGAAACACUUUCAAGGGGCACACUAAUGGAAUCACGAAUCUAUCAGUCUCCAUCGAUUGCGUCACCCUUGUCUCUGGCGGCGCUGACGGUACGGUCAACAUCUGGAAUAUUCCUAGUCGUCAGAUUAUCAGGAGCAUUCAGCACAAAGGCGGGAUCACCAAUGUCUUACUGGUCCCUCACCACUCGAAUUUUGAUGUCAACCUUCUGAAUCCAAAAGUUCUCGUGAAACCUCUGCAGAGGAUUGAUAACGAGGGAGCCAAUGAUAUCCUCGCGAUUGUAAAACAUGGGGAGGACGAUUUACUUAAUCCGCAGGAGUUCUUUGAAGAGAGUGGAGAGGGCCAUGGGAAUGGGGAAAUGGAAAAGAAAUUGAGCGAGAGUAGAGCGGAAAUUGAGAGAUUAAGAAAAAUCAAUUCUGAGAUGUACAAGUACGCAGUCAGAGGUGUUCUCCACAAGGAGUAGGAGAGAAUUGUUAGAUUGGACAAUAAUGGAAAUAUUUAGUAAAUGUUAAUAAUUAAAUACUGAGAUAUUUAGUAAUUAUGCUACUAUUAUGCUAUUAUGGAGGUUCGUUUGAGUCUAAAUAUUGAAGUAUUUAAUAUUUUCUCACUAACAAUGGACAAAGAAUAUUUGGAUAAUUAAGUUUUGAAAAAAAUACACGAGUCAUUAACCCUGUGUAAUAGCUUUCAUGUAAAAUGAAAAUAUAAAGAUGAAAUGGAAAA